AACAUCACCAACAAACCCAAUAUCAAUCCCAUCAAACCCAUGUAGGUAACCCAAAUGAUAAAGUAACUACAAGAACCAUUACCACCAUUCAAUCCUCUGGUAUGAAAUGUAAAUCAUGUAAAUUAGAAAUCUUUGGUGUUACAUUAAUUAAUCAUCUUAAUGAUUCAUAUCAUCCAUCAUGUUUCCACUGUCUAUUAUGUCAAGACGUCAUCAAAGAUCCUUAUUUCACCGAUCCGAAAACAAAUGAAAUUUAUUGCGCAAAAUGUCAAAUCAUUUUAAAUGAUAGGGAAAAGAAAAAUAGAGAUUCUUUAGGUUUCUGUAACUCCUGUUUCAAAUUUUUAUCUGAACAUGACAAUGUUAUUAUUAUUGAUAAAGAAAAAUACCAUAAUAAUUGUUUUAAAUGUAGUAUUUGUAAGGAUUUGAUAAGAGGCUCAAACUUUUCCAGAGAAAUUAUGACAUCUACAUCCAGUAACUAUUGCUGCAACAGCUGCUUAUAUAGUGGUAGAGUUGAUAAAUGUCCAUUCUGUAACGGUGUUGUAUUGGGUAAUUCAAUGUUUGUUCCAAACUUUGGUAAUUUCCAUCCAAAAUGCUUUAAAUGCUCAAGCUGUCAAGUUGUUAUAAAGCAUAGCUCUCCAUUUACAAUUGGUAAAAAUAACAAACCAACUUGUCAACAAUGUACUUCAAACAAUUCUGUUGGUGCGGCCAAUAAGUAACUUUAACCCCAAAAUCAAAAAAAAAAAAAAAAAAAUUAUCAAAAAAAAAAAAAAAAAAAUUAUAUUCCAUCAUUAUUAUUAUUUAUAUAACUAUUUAUAAAAAAAAAAUAAAAAAUAAUAAAAAAAAAAACAAAAAUAAAGUAUUAUUCAAAUUUUAAAAGU